AUGAGCGAACAGAAAACGUCAAACCGACUCAAGGGUUACCCAUUCUUGGCCAAACUCUGGUCGAUUACGCAAGACGGUAUAGCACGGAAGUUCACUCACCUUGCGAUCCUUAAUAUCCUGUAUCUGCAAGCCGAGCUAUGUCAUCUUGAAGAUGACUUCAUGUACGAGCGAGGCAAAGACCUGGCCUCCGGUCAGACCGAAAGAGUGGACUGUGACUGGAACUGGUUCCUUCUCAAGUCUCCGGAUCUGAAUAAGGGAAGCAAACAAUGGCAGAUAGCCUUGGAUAUUCGAGAGAGACUAGAGCAAUAUCAUUCGGCGCUACUUCAGUAUUCCGAAGUCCUCAAGCUCCCUUCCCCGACUGAAAACCAGAGACGGAAUGUAUUUGGUAUACUCGGGUCGUCGUCAUUGACAAACGAUGGGCUUGGCAAGUUUCAGUCACUCGAUCUCGCAGGCAUCAACGGACCAGAGGUAUACCAAAAGCGAUGGUCCAAGGAUCUGGUCUUAUUAGACGCUAUGGAAGAAGACAAUGAUGCUCUCUCCAGAUGGAUAGUCCAUCCAUUUUUCGAAUUUUUUCAUCUAAUACGCAAGAGGAGUAAGAAACCAAUACCGCAAGACCUUGAGAGUGGUACAGGCGACGAUGAAAGUCUCGGUAUCUGCAAUUACUCCAGUCACCACAUACGGGCUGUGAACCACGUUGUCGGCGCCUUGUUCGCUGCAGUCUUGCCUCUAUCAUCAAUAGUAAUCCUUUACAAGGUCCAGGAUAUGGAUCUCAAGGUGGUGCUUGUUUGCGUUUUCACCAUCCUAUUCUGUCUCGCGAUGAGUAUUUUGAGCAAAUCGCGUCGCAUUGAGGUAGUCGCCGCAACUGCAGCGUAA